AUGUCCCUCGCUGCUGAUUCUGCUCCCGCGCACAGCGCCAACGGUGUAAAUGGCGUAAAGAAGCCCCAAGACCGCUCUCGCCUUCUGCCCCUCGCUUCUCGCUUGAAGGAGGGUCGCGCGCUAGCGGAGGACGUGUGGUCUAUCUUCAAUGCCGCCAACUUGCCCGCAGACUGCCUCAAUCUAGGACAGGGCUACAUGAACUUCCCUCCUCCAGCAUGGGUGAGGGAAGCUGCUGAGGCUGCCCUCAACCAGACUGCCACGAAUCAUUAUUCUCAUCCGAAGGGGAGGCUACGUCUCCGCGAGGCGAUCAAGAAAGUUUACGGACCUCAGUUGGGAAGGGAUUUAAACGUUGAUACUGAGAUCCUCGUAACCAGCGGAGCGAACGAAGGCCAAUACUCUGUGUUUACAGCGUUUCUCGAACCAGGGGACGAGGUCAUCAUGUUUGAGCCGUUCUUUGACCAAUAUCUCGCAUCGGUCGUCUUCAAUGGUGGCAAACCCGUCUAUGUCCCUCUGCACCCGCGUUCGAGCGGUGGCAAAGCCACGAGCGGCGACUGGAUCAUCGAUUUUGAGGAGCUUGAGCGUGCAAUCACCCCGCGCACGAAGAUGAUCAUCGUGAACACUCCACACAACCCCGUGGGCAAGGUCUUCACCCGGCAGGAGCUCGAGAAAAUCGCUGCGCUAGCUGAGCAGCACAAUUUACUCGUGAUGUCCGACGAAGUGUAUGACUUCCUGGUAUUCGAUGACAGCGAACACGUGCGCUUUGCUACGCUUCCUGGAAUGUGGGAUCGCACGGUCACAGUCGGCUCGGCGGGCAAGCUCUUCUCCGCAACGGGAUGGCGGAUAGGCUGGCUUAUUGGACCUGAGUCUAUCAUCAGACCGACGUUGGCGGCCACUACCCGCAUUGUAUUCUGCACGAACUCUCCGCUGCAAGAGGCUGCGGCGGUUGGCCUGGAACAGGUGGAGGAACGCAACUAUAUCGAGCAAACGGUGAAAGAGUACGAUGAGCGACGAUCGACCUUGUGUGCCGUGUUCGACGACUUGGGAAUGAAGUACGCUUUGCCGGAGGGCAGCUACUUCGUAUUGUUGGAUAUCUCUUCGGUGCAUUGGCCUGACGACUAUCCCUUCCCCGAGAGCGUGCAAGGUAGAGGACGGGACUUUAAGGCAUGUUGGUUUAUUGCCAUGGAGGUCGGUGUAUCGUCCAUACCCGUGAGCGAGUUCUAUUGUAUAGAACACUGCUCCAUUGGCGAAAACUACGCUCGAUUCGCCUUCUGCAAGGAUGUCGACACACUCAAACGGGCGGUCGAGCGUCUGCAGGGGUUGCGGAAGUACUUGAAGUAG